ACAAACCUACAGAACUUAAAAGCAUAUUGUGUCUUUGUAUGGAAGGAGAAGUGGAGUUGGAAGCCUUUUUUGGAGGUCAUGGAAACCACACCUUCCACUAUACCUGCAUCUGACGAGUGCAAUAAUUUAACUUCCAACUCCUCCAAUACUGGUGAACCACAGAUGGUGAUUCUGGGCACACUCAUGUCCAUUCUCGUUCUGAUCAUCGUCUUCGGCAAUGUAUUGGUGAUUGCAGCCAUUGGCCGCUUCCAGCGACUCCAGACCGUCACAAACUGCUUCAUUACGUCACUUGCAUGUGCAGACCUGGUCAUGGGAUUGGUGGUGGUGCCUUUCGGCGCCGUUUUCAUCAUCCUUGACACUUGGCACUUUGGCAAAUUUUGGUGUAAUUUCUGGACGGCCACCGAUGUUCUGUGUGUCACAGCGAGUAUCGAGACGCUCUGUGUCAUCGCUCUGGAUCGCUACCUAGCCAUAACAUCUCCCUUUCACUACCAGUCCUUACUGACAAAGGGCAGAGCUCGCAUUGUUGUGCUGCUGGUGUGGGUCAUCGCCGGGCUCAUUUCCUUCCUACCCAUCUAUAUGGGUUGGUGGAUUUCCGAUACUACUGUUGCAAAGUGCUGCCUGAAGAAUGUUACCUGCUGUGACUUCAACACCAGUCCCGCUUAUGCCAUCAUCUCAUCAAUAAUCUCUUUCUACAUCCCCCUGGUCAUUAUGAUCUUCGUGUAUAGCCGCGUCUUCCAGGAGGCAAGGAAGCAGCUGAAGAAGAUACACAAAAGUGAGGGACGAUUUCAUGCUCAGAACAAUGGCAAAAAGCAAGAGGAAGCAAACAUCCACUGUGAAGCAAGGACUGGCAAGAAGCCUAAGUUCUGCUUGAAGGAACAUAAAGCUUUGAAGACAUUGGGCAUCAUUAUGGGUAUAUUCACGCUGUGCUGGCUCCCGUUCUUUGUACUACAUGUGGUCACGGCCAUAUAUGGGGAAGAAUUGAACAGUAUUGCAUUCAAAAUCUUAAACUGGAUUGGUUACGCUAACUCAGCCUUUAACCCACUGAUCUACUGUAGAAGUCCAGAGUUCAGGUACGCUUUCAAGGAGCUCCUGCACCUCAACAGGUCACGCUACCCUAACGUUAGGCCAGUCAAUGGAUAUGCAUAUAGUGGUCACAGCUGGAAAAGUGAGCACCGAGGGCGAAGCAAAGGCAGCUCAGAAGACAGUGACCCAGCUGAGGGCAACUCUGAGAAAGAGGGAUGCAUGUCAGCAGAUAAAACAGACUCUGAUGGGAACUGCAAUAAAAACAUAAUGUGUUGUAAAUCACCUUGCGAGUCCUGACUCAAAAGGUUUCACAUAAGGACAGGUUAUGCCUCAUCUGGUAAGUGGCCAGCGUUGGGUGUGUGUUUGAUAAAGGGACAUUUUUAAAUAUUUGUUUUCCUCAUCUACCUCAUUGCUUUCUCUUCUAAAUUCACUUGCUCUGUCGGUUCAUUUCACAAUGACCUUGCUCAAUAAACUGUUUGUGCCUUUAAAAAGUAGUUUCAGCUAAAGAAAACAACGGCUAACUAGAAGCUAAAAAUGCUUAUCAAUUCAGAAUCAACUGAGCAGAAAUGCUUGGAGAGAUUGUACUUCUUUGAUAGCAAAAAGACACUUUGAAGUGGUUGUUCACUAAAGGGACAUUCCUCCUGUGUCAUAUUUCUGUAAUUUUUCUUAAACUUAGGAACUGAAUUGCAGUUUUAAAGAAUGAUCUGCUUUCAUUAGAUUAACAGAGUAACAGGUAUUGGCUUCUGAAACAUUAUGACUGUAACUUAGCUAAAAUUUGAUGCUUUAAUAUUACAUCAUUCAGUUAUUCAGGCUCACAUAUGCACAAAAAACACAAGCAUUACUUCACAUAAUGUAUAAGGUUCAUUAAUUAAUUAUUCAUAAAAUAAUUACACCACAUAAAAAUUCUUACACCUGCCACACCCCUGUUUUAGAGUACAUCUAACAAUG